UUCUCACAAUGAAGUUACUGGGAUUGUUACUUUGCACCUCUAUUGCUGUGAUUUCAGCACAAGCUGUACAAAAAUGGCACAAAAGUGCUGAUGGAUCUCUCUUCUAUAUUGAAAAUGAACGCAAGUUCACUUGGUUUGGUGCCUGGAAUGAAUGUGCCCGCAAAAAUAUGAGCCUUAUGGCCAUUGAUAGUUACAGCAAACAUGUGCAAAUCGACACUUUAAUAAGAAAAUUAUAUGCUGCAGGUCCUGGCCUCUGGAUUGGCGGCAAUGACAAUGAUCUGACUAACCGCUAUGAAUGGUCUGCCACGGGAGAGAUAUUUAGCUUUACCUAUUGGGGACCCAAUCAGCCGAAACGUGGUGUUAAUCAUUGCAUCUUAAUUUGGGAUGACUUCAAAUGGCACGAUUGGCCUUGCACCAAUAAAUUGGGAUUUGUUUGUGAGGAAAAUCGUUUCAUUAAGCAAAAAUCUCAAGAAUUAGAGGCGUUGCAAAAUGAGUGUGAUGCCAUGAUAACUAAUCUAACUAAAACUCCAAAUAUUGUAUUGAACAUUAAUCCUAAGAUUGAGCAAUGACGUUAGCUAUACAUUUUUGAGUGAAAUAUUAAAGAAUUUAACAAUAAA